UAGCCGAGUAGAGAAGAUGGCGACUUACUGAUGGAGAGCAUGACUGUGUGAGAGGCGAAGGCAGAAAUUCCAGGGAAGUUUAGGAUAUUUUAAUCAGGAAUAAAUUAAGGGACCAAAACAAUUCUUUCAUUUCAAAGCCGGAUAUUAUAAUUCAUUAUAAAGGUUUCCACUUGUAUUGAAUGUCAUCUCGGUGAUCUUUACUGAUUGGUGAGAACGAGCAUUCGUCUUCCAUGUUGUAACAACUGCGUAGCAUAUACUAGCUUUUAAAAGGUACUCGGCCAAGAUGUCCACGAGUCUAGGGGCCGAUGCAAGUCAGAUGCUUGCUGCUGCAUUAGAACAGAUGGACGACAUUAUUGCAGGCAGCAGUAUGGCGAAUAUGGAAUACAACAAUGGUGUUUACGAGGUUAACUCGACCACAAACAGUAAAUUUUCACCAUAUCGUCCGACAACGCCAAAUAAGAACAUCAUCGCAUUGUGCGAGGAGUUACGAAUAGCUCUGGAGAAUAAAAGCGAUGGUAUUGAUGAUUGGUCGAUGAAGGACGAGAUCCCGGAGAAGACGAGAUCGGUCAUUUUGAGUUGGAUACAAGGACAUUCAAAGCAGCUACUUACUUUUGGUUUUAUUGGUCAUUUGAUGUGUUUGACGUUACAGCAGAGUGGGGUUGAAAUGAGCAAUGACAUUGGAAUGUCCCCAGCUCAUAUAUAG